CACUUUUAAAAGGUGCAUAAAAAUUGUGCAAAACAAUUUAAAGAAAGAUUAAGAUACAUAUUGAGGAAAAGUUGAUAGUUUAAUAGUUCAUUCAUAUCUAUGAUUCAGAUAAGAGGUAUUCGCUGUUGAAACAAGCGUUUUAAGUGGCUGUUGCAAACGAGUAACUAAGUAUUGGCAAUAAAAAUGAAUUUCAAGUACAUUGCAUGUAUGUAUUCGAUUUAAGACAAUAUGGACAGUCGACAAAGAUAUGGGUUCAAGGGAAAGUGUGCUUUUGCGAAAUUUAAUGCCUAUAUAUAUAUAUAUAUAUAUAAUUUUAGCGUCAUAAAUUUGUUUUGUCUGUGCGGUUGUGUUUAAUCUUUCAACCUUUUGUAGCACACCAGUUUUAAAAGAAAGUAUUUUUAGAAUGAUGUAAGAUUUACAUUUACUGUUAAGGUUUGAUGUAAGGAAAAUUGAUUGCUAAUUAUUAACAAAUUAUCGAUCAGAUUCGUGUUGGCAAAUACCGGACAAUACAAUUACACGUCAAAUUAACGCUCCUAGAAAAAUCGUCUACGCCAGUUUGCAAUUAAGUGAGGAAUUUGUUGACGUUGACGCCAUGUCUGACUCAACGGAAUACAUGGCUAUGAGGCGUCGAAUGAGUCGACUGAGAGUGCAAGGAUGUGGGAAGGGGUCACAUGAAGCUGAAGACGUCAAUGCAGCAGGAUUUCGGGAUCUUGUAAAAUACUGGAAGAAGCACGGCAUCCCCAUACCUGAACAGCUUCUUUCCGACAUGGCGGAUGAAAAUGUCAAAAUGUCAAAAGCCAAGGGUAAGGGUCGUAGAAGGUCGCGAGAAUUAGAAGACCUCCACCUUAGUGCAUCCACGGGAAAAUUUAACUUGGAACGCUUACACGAAGACGAAGAAGAAACCGAAUCAUCGUCUUCGACGACAGGUGACAAGAAGCCCGUAACUAAGAGACAAACAGAGCCUCAGCUCAACUCGAAGCGGGUUGGAUCACUCAAGAAGGUCACAGGACGAGCGUCAAGUCCUAAAACGUCAAAAGCUCCGGUGGCUCGGACAUUAUCCAAUAAUAAAUAACAAAAGACAGCAAACGCCCGUAUUGAUUGGAACUGUAAAAUUUAAUUAGUAAGUAUUAACCCAAACGUCUGACUACACAUGUUUAAACUGUUAAUUUAACAAUCAAAGCUACAAAUUGCGUUUUAUAAGCACUUGCAACAAACACCGUGAAUGCAAUAUACUGGUUUACUAGUCACAACUAUGCGUUGUCUAAGAAAUAGCAGUAUUCCUGUCAUCAAAUCUGUAAAAUUAUAUUGAAAUGAUGACACAUUAUUGUCAACAACCCCUAAUCGCUUAUUUAAAGCAAGUUCCAAAUAUCGUUUACAAUACAAGCCAUUACAUUUUUGUAAUACAUCAAAUACAAGUCAAAAUAUUAAAUCUGGGCUGAACGCAUUGGAACAUUCAAUGAUACUCACAUUGGGAUUUUAUCCGCGUCAAAUAAUAGGCAUUGUUAACCUUAUUUAUUCUCAAUACCGAUAAGAUUGUCCAAUAAUAAUUUACAACCAACAUGUCAUAUAAUUCACCCAUAUUGAUGUGUUUGCAAAUACUAUAAAAUACAACUAUACAUUGUGCUUGAAAUCCUACGCACUGCGUAUUUACAAGAAGGAUAUAUACGAAAUAUAGUAAAUUAUCGUGUAUGAAUUGCAAUUCGCUGACAAUGAAUGGUCACCAAAGCCGUGCCCUUUUUUUAAUAGAAAAACACUGAUGGACAUUGUUGAUGAGAAAUUUGGAAUGAUUAACUUCGAAAUAAUGUUAAAGAUUGUACACUGGGUUUUUGAUUGUUCGUUUAUAUUUAUAAAAACUGAUGUUGCUCUAGUAUUAUUUCGAUGCAAAGGUUAUUUAUGUAUGGUAUGUUGAUACUAUAUUCAUCAGCGAUACAAGCCCGAAUUAAUUAACAAUUGUUGUCAUACACAUGUACAUUGAACUUUCGUCAUGUAUAAUUUUAUGUAGCAUAUAGUCCUUUUAUAGAGAUUAAAGGGAUCUUUUCACGGUUUGGUAAAUUGACAAAAUUGAAAAAAGUUGUUUCAAAUUCGCAAAUUUUCGUUUUAGUUAUGAUAUUUGUGAGGAAACAGUAUUACUGAACAUUUACCAUAGUCUUAUAUAGCCAUUAUAUGUAUCUUUUGACGAUUUGAAAGCCUAAACAUUAUAAAGCGUUGCAACGCGAAACGAUUGAAUAAUUUGGAGAGUUCUGUUGUUGUAGUUGAAAUUCACGAAACUACGAAGAUUGCUUAUUUAGAGG